AUGUUUGCUCGGAAGGCCAAAUCGUCCGACAUCAUGACGAGCGUACAGCGCUUUACGGAUAUGAAUAGGGAUAGUGUUAGUCGGGUUAAACAUUUGAAAUUUCUCCUUGAUACUUUAUCAAUUCAUGAGAAGCGGCAACUGAUUGAUGACUACAGUUUUGAAACUUUCCAUUUGGUUGAUGAGUUAUUACUAGCUACUGAUAUUGCAUCUAAUCCUCAAGGAGCGAUUGAGGCUGAAAGCGGGUUGUGGACACUUGAACAAGUUUUAUGUUUAGCUCCCGAGCUUGUAGGAAAUGGAUGGCAGCGGCAUGCUAUCGAGUCUCUGUUAAAAAAGGCUAUUUAUCCUAGAAACCUACUAGCAGUUCGAAAAAUAGCUAUAAGACUUUUUCUUAUAUUUUAUCAAAGUCUGAGUGUUUUUGGAAAAGUUACCCCUGACUUGGAUAGAGUUUUCCAGUGUUUGUUACCUUUUUUUCCUCUGAGGAACGGUGACAGCACUGAGCUAGUACUACAAGAAUACUGUCAAAGUGCAGGCACUGUACACUGGACAGAUGCAUCAAAGUCUGAUCCUCCUAAUGUUUCUGGUCCUACUGCUAAAGAGAGAGCCCAGAUGUUACAAGUUUACCUCGAUAAGUUUCUUGAGUAUUGUACAAGAGAAUCGACUCGAAUAGAAUGGAAUGACGACUCUCGACGAUUAGAAUGUGCUAAGUUUAUAAUCGACAGAGUUAUUCAUUUAUACAUAUACGAAUGCUUUCCUGAUCUUGAAACUAAUGGUGUUGAUAUCUUCGGAGGCUGGGAAGGUGCUGGAGAUAGUGGGGAACCACUUGACACGGCCGAUCCUGUUGUAAUCGCUAGAUAUUGGCUCAUACGAUGGAUAAACAAUGUCGCAGGAGCAAAACAGCAGCCUGCGGGCUCCAUUCAUGCUGGAAUGCUACUUUUCCAUGACGCUCUGUUUUCCUCCCAGAAAGCAACUAAUACGGCACUUACUUUAAUGAGAGAGGCUAUGGUUUUGCCAUUACCAUGUAGUAAUGUCAUUCACAAAGUUGUUAGUGUUCUAACUAAUUGGCUCGUUCAGAUUGAAAUUCCACCGUUUGUCGCCUCAGGCGAAGUUUCUAUUGAAUCGUCCUCCUUGUUAAUAAUUAAUAUGUUGUUAUCUUUCUUUCAAUCACCAUACUUGCUGCAGCCUGGAGAUAGAGUUCAAUCUACUGUGGGUAUUUCUUUCUCUAUUCUUCGUGCUUGUCGAGAUCUGGUAGCAAACCGUAUACAGUUGCCUAAACCUUUGAGCGUUCGCGUAUGGACAGAAUUGAUGAUCAGACUCUGUGAAUCUGCUGCUAGAAUUUGCUCUCAUUCUGACAAAUCAUCACAAGAAACUUCGGGGGCGUUUGCCACCACAGUUUUAUCAAACAUGAUUCUGCUCAAGGCGGUUCGGAGAAUAGAGCUUGAUGAUAAGCUUUGGGACGAUAUUCACAACGUUUUUCAACAUGGCAUUUGGGCUCAAAUGGCACACCAAUGGUCUAAAAUUGUCCGAAGCGUUACUCGAGCCCUAGUCCUACACUUGGCUCAUACAGAUAUUUUCUCAAAGGAAGAGCUGGAACGCCAGACAAUUGGAGCUAUAGCAACUAAAUCAACGAAAGAGAGAGCAGAUACAGCCAGCAUUGAUGAACAUUCAGUUGAUAGCUCAGAUGUAGGAGAGGACAAUGUUUUCCAUGACACUGACGAUGUCACAACUUCUGUUGUGUCCUGGUCUGGCGAUUCCACUGUAUGGUUGCAAGUAUGGCGGCGUGUACUGUGUCUGUUUGGACCUUAUUCCAAUGCAAAUGCAAUUACUGCGAUCGAAGCAAUCUCUCAAACAAUAACCCAGCUUCUACAGGUUAAUCUCGAUCCUCUUGCUCAUUGGCUCUCUUCUCGCUUAGUGAACGCUCCUAUACAAGUUCUCCCUCAUUGUAUUGGGGCUCUCGGUGCAGUACUUAACUGUAGUAGACCAGCUCCCAAGUUACUUCAAACCCAUAUUUUACUUAGCUUCCAGAGAUUAAUCCAGGCGAAUGAUCGACAGGUUUUGCCCUACGUUACUAGUAUGUCCCCUACUCACUUAUCUGUAUUAUCUCCUUUGUUAAUUCAAUCGAUCCCUAAGCUUCUUGCGAAUAGUCAGCCACCUCAAAUUCAUCUGUUGAAGGCUCUAGCCUUGAUAUCUACUGAGUACAAUGAAGCAGAAGCUAUACUUCUAAAACAGCUCUCAUCUAUCGAAAUGACGAUUCAACAGUCUUUAAUGUGCAUGAAUGCUUUAACUCUACUUGUUUUGCAAAGAGCAGAUCUGGAACUGAUGAAUAAGCUUUUGACUGUUCUUCAACAAAACCGUUAUGUCUCUAGAUUAUUACCAGUGCUCUGUUCCAGCUUGUCAUCUCUUACCAAGUUUUGUAACGGUAGCACUGUUCUACAAGCUCUACUCAAAGCAGCUUCCGUUCUCCGAGAUGAGCGAACUCGCACAGAGAUUGAAUGGGCUAUGACUUCUUUGUGUUUGAGCUCGCCUCAGAAAGAACUCCCUUUGGUUAUUCGAGGAUUGCUUGCUGACAAACACAAGCUAUUAGAAGGAGCGAUUGUGACUAUGGGAAGCCAGUUUCCAUUACCAGGCUUCAAUGUUGCUCGAUGGAAUUCAAUCGAAUCUCCUAACUGUAGCGCUCAAAAAAAUUUGGAUAAAUCGACUUUUGUUCAUCGCAAAAACGCUAUCAUAAGUGUGAAUAAGGAUCCUCAAUGUGAGGUUACGUCGAGAACAGUGGUAGGGCGUCAUUGCUGGACGCUAGAACCACAUGCUAAUGAUCGCAAGGAAGGCAAAAACGUCAACUCUUGGCUUAAAAAAGAAGCAAUGAGAGGAAAAAGAGCAGGACGUGAAGCGUCGGGAAUUUUGGGAGCCAUGGAAGAUCCAUUUGAUGCUUUGCCUCAAGUAACGAACAACAAUAAACCUUUGCCUGUUGAUAUCGAACCAUGGGUUCAAAUUUUGGAAAGUAGUCGUCGUCAACCUCAACCUUUGAAAACAAUGGCCCGAAACCCCCCUUCCACACCAUCUGCAAGGCUUCUCGAAUGGCGUUCUCUCGCUGCUAGUUUUGGUUUUGUACCAAGUGUUGCUGAAGUCCCUCAAAACUUCAACAGGGAUUUAAAGCACUUGGAUUCUACUUCUGCAAGAGAAGUGCAUAAGGUGGCUGUCAUAUAUGUUGCUGAAGAUCAAGAAGAUAAACAAUCUAUUAUGUCUAAUACGUCAGCUUCUGCAGAGUUUGAUCGAUUCGUUGAAGAACUUGGAUGGGAGGUCAGAAUAGGAAUUCACGAGGGAUAUUCUGGAGGACUUCCAAUCGAUUCAGUUGCCCCCUAUUAUGCAACCCCUGAUUCAGAAAUAAUAUUCCACGUCAACACUAAGUUAAGUGGAGAUGUAACUCAUAAGUGGAAACAUAUCGGAAACGAUGAGGUUCAUGUUGUAUGGUCGGAGCACACACGUGCAUAUCGAAGAGAAACUAUUGCAACCAAAUUUUGUGACGUUUUGAUUGUUUUAGAAAAAGCGGGUGAAAAGACUUAUCGUGUUCGGGUUGAAACUACAAGCAGUUUGGAAUUCGGUCCUCUAUAUGACGGAGCUCUAGUAGGUGAAGCGGAAUUAGCUGAGAUGGUUCGUUUAACAGUGAUAAAUGCUUCCCGUGCUUAUCGUUUGGCAAGAGAAGAUCAUGCUCGUCCUAUUAGACAUCGUGAACAUGUUUUUGGUAUGGAUACCAAGCGUCACAUGAAAUCUGUGCAUUUGGCUGACGCUAUCAACACUCUAUAUGUGCCAAGCAUGAUGUGCGAAUGA